UCUAGACCAUACUGACCUGACUAAGACAAAAUUUAUAUAAAGACAAAUAUUGUAUGUGGUAAUGUAAAUAGCUAGCAAAUAAGGGGAAAGGAAGGUUGUUCAGAUUAUUGUUUUUUUAAUCUUUUUUGUAUAUAAUUACUAACGUAUUCCUAUCUCCUUGUUUGUAAUCUUCAUUCGGAGUACUGAAUUUUCCUUCCUUUCCCCUCCUUUAGAAAUAAUCAAGAACAUAAAAUUGCUCGUCUUCAACAAUGCAAUACUGACCCCGAUGUUAAUAAACAAGAAAAAGAAAAUAAACAUAAAGUAAGGAUGACUAUAAAAAAGAAACAACAACUAAAAAAACUUGAAGAACUUGCUGAAAAACACAAAGAAAAAAGUGAAAAAAUAUUAGCAAAAGUACAAAGAGCUUCCAAAGUCACUGAAAAAACUGAAUGCCCUUCCAAAAGCCAAAUUCCUUUGCCAAAAAAGGAAAAGAUAGUGAAAAAAACAAAUAAAGAUAUCCUUCAAAAAGAAACGCUAAAUACAGAGAAGAAAUUUGUCGAAGGCAAAAUCACAAAGCAGGCACAUGUAGCGAUUAAAGAAAUUACUAUAAAAACUAAAUUAAAGAAAGAGGUCCCGAAGAGGCAUAAAGAAAGCACUAUGAGUUUAGAUAGUCUGGAGGAUUGUCCACCGAAAUCAAGUAGGGAGAAAAAUAGCCAAUCUAUAGGAAUUAAUACAGAACUACUAUGUCCAUGCGUUCCUUGUGUAAUACACGAUACAUCUCCUCCUAAACAAAACAAGAAAAAAGAAAAAUCCGCACAAAUAAAUAAAAUUGAGACUAGCAAGUGCGAGUCAGAUGUUUUUAUAAGAAACGAAAUAAUUGAAAAUUCGUCUAGCGUUGAAUUAUUAUAUAAAAAUCCAAGUAUGGUGAGUUCUUGUGACAAUAGUAAAGAACUACGCGAACAGGCCGGUUGUGAUGAGACAGUAACCGGUUUUAAUCAAGCUGAAGUCCCUUUUUAUCAAUCCUCUUCCGAUGCAAUAGACUUUACGGAUGACAUAAAGCGUUUAGAAAUUCUAAAUGAAUAUUCUGAUACCAAUUUUGAAUCAAAAACAGAUAUUUUCAAAAAUAAUCCACCAGAAAAUUUAAUCAAGGAAGACGUCGAAGAAUACAUUGACUUGUCCAAUGAACAUUUUGAUGAAAACUAUGAACGCGAUUUAAGUGAAGAUAGUUUAGAUUGUGAUGAGAAAGAAAACGUAAUAGAUGACGAGGAUCAAAACAAUCUGGUUAGUCGCCACGGCAGUGGGGACACGUAUACAAAGUUUACUGAUAAUCCCGCCGAUUUAGAAGAAUUUCUCACGUUGACAGAUGAUAUGAUAUCUGAUAGUAAAAAUAAGAAGGAAAUUACAGACAACGACAUAGAACACAUCCAUACCCCUAAAACAAGCUCUAUUGAAUCAGUAUGUGCAAAUAGUAAUAAAGAUAUGUUAAUCAAACACAGUUUCUCAGAUACUAUUGAGGAACUAAAAAGCAAUUUUAAGGAAAUUUUACAAGAAACACGGGAGGAUGAUGUAAAUGCUGUAGAUGAUGUUAAUAGAAAAGUUUCAGACAUGGAACAUAUAACUGUUUAUGAAUUAAAAUUUUACGAUCAAAAUACGAAUGCAGAAGAAGUCAUUCCGAAGCAAGAUUCCAAUGUUAAAUUACCCGCCAUAAAAGAAAACAAUAAAUUAGUUCGAAGGGGCCCUAAAAGUAAAAACAAUGUAUCAAAUUUAUAUAAAGACAAUCGAAAAUGCAAAAUGCAGAACAAAACAAAUAAAGAAUAUAGGACUUUUAUAAUAAAAGAAAAUCGAGAAGAGAGUAGUGAUGAAGCACCGCCUUUAAAGUUACCUCGCAUUGAUUUGAAAAGGUUGUUUUAUGUUAUCUAUGUAAAUCGUUAUCAAGUUGGAAAUUAAAAAUAUAAAUUUAAGUAGCACACUUAUCUAUCUAUGUACACAUAAGUAUUUAGUGUAUUUUGAAGGCAUUGUUGUUUCGUCAUUACUUUAGUUGGGUACAUCUACUGCAUUUUACGUAUCUCAUUUUUUAGAUUAUGUACAUUAGUGUUCUUUAUCAUGCAUCAUGUAGUUUACUUUAUGUGUUCUAGUUUACAUCGUAGUGUUCAAAUUAGAAUUUGGUU